AUGGCUGCUGCUGCGGCUUGUAGGCGUGUUGUGGGUUAUCAAUUUGGAAGUACUUCAGGAAGUAUUGGUUUCGGUAGAGGAGGAUUUGGUGCUGCUUCUCCUUCAAAUUUGGGUUUGAUUUCUCAAAAUAGGCGGAUUUCUCAGCAUGUGAACUCUAACGGCAGGAGAUUAUUUCUUGUUGAUACAUUAGCCCUUGUUAGGAGAUUGGAGUCGCAGGGUGUGCCUUCGAAGCAAGCUGAGGCAAUAACAGCUGCUAUAACUGAAGUUUUGAAUGAUAGCUUGGAGAAUGUGUCUCAUUCAGUUGCCUCAAAGGAAGAGAUGCAAAAAAAUGAAAUGAUUCAAGAAACCAGCUUGUCGAAAUUCAGAUCUGAAGUCCAAAGCUCUCAGGAACACCAUUUUUCUUUGUUGCAACAUGAGACUGAAAAACUUCGGAAUGACAUCGAGAAGAUGCGCAGUGAAUUGAGGCACGAAAUUGACAAAGUUACUGCUGGUCAACGGUUGGAUUUGAAUCUUGAAAAAGGGCGGAUAAGGGAGGAGCUGGCAAACCAGAAUGCUGAAACCACCAACCUCACUAACAAACUUGAUGGCGAAAUUCAUGGUUUAAGGGCCCAAUUGGAAGCAGGAAAAUAUGAAGUGAUAAAGUAUUGCCUAGGUACUCUCGUUUCCAUCUCCGCUGUUGGCCUUGCUGCCGUUCGCAUCUUAUUGUAA